CACGAGAACGCAUCUCUCUUUGAGGGACGCGCAUUUUGAGGGCUUCUCGCGGCUUCUCCUCGUCAUCAUCAUCGCCGUCGUCGCCGCGUUCCUCCGGUUUAUCGUUUUCCCCGCAUUGUGCGCACCUCGCACAUUGCGAACCUCUCCGCAGCUUCCCUUGCGCGAGUGCGUGUCUGUGCGUUCGCGUGUGUCGCUCUCCCGCCUCGCUUCGCCGUCUCUCGUCGCUUUUUGCGUUCCGCGGUUUUCGCAUUUUGCUCUCGUUCUCGCGAAAUAACAUUCUCACCGAAUUCCCCGUUUCUCUUGUUUUCUCGCUUGUCGGCUGCUCCUUCCUUUAGACUUUCCAAACAAGUCCGCGACUUCUCCGAUGUUUUGAUUGUUUGAAUGUGAUCGAAUGUGUUUCGUUUUCGCGCAAGUGUACGAAAUAAUUGAUAAUUCAACAGGAUUAUCUAGGCAGUGAAAAUAUUAAAAGAGGAGAGGAAACAGAUUAUUGUAUUUCCGCAGACAUUUUUUUCAAGAAGAGGAUUUUUAGUGAAGACACUCACGCGCGAAAUUUUUUUUCUUGCACGAUGAAACAAAUUAUUUGAAAAGAAAUAGAAAAUAAUUCGAUAAUUUGUCAUUCAUUACAUCGCUGACCGAAAUAACGUAUAUACGUUCGAGAAACUUCGAUGAAGAUUUGCGCAAGAGCGCGAUGGUGCACCGCUGCAAUUUCUUUCUGAAUAAAUUUCGCGGAAUACGAAAACAUUUUAUGUGCACUAUUAAUCGUUGUUAGUAGAUAAUUGUGCGACAGAAAAAGCAAAAGUUAUAUAGAAUUUUCUUCGAAUUCUAAUUAUGUAUAAUAAGUAUUGCAAUUAUUUGCCGUUAAAUCAAAAUAAUUUUUAUCAUAUUUGUUGUUUGAAAAUUAUUCUGAACGGCAACUUAUCAAACGAGUCCUAAAGUGAGAGACAAAUAAACUGAAAUUUUCGACCUGAGGAAAAAAUACGGAAAACAAUAAAUUUUCGCAGUGAUCUUGCUCGCUGAGUGUGUUCGUUCGAUUCCUUCUAAGAGUGCCGGUCCCGUUUAACUUGCUUUCGCAAUUGAUGCUCUCAAGGUCGGUAACAUGGAGUUCCCAUCCAAGAGGCGGUGUUUCUGGCAGCCGUGGCUUAACGCCGAUAGUCUUCAAUUGGUUCGCAAACCUGAAGAGGAAAGACCAAAGGCAACAAAUUUGCAUCGGAAGCCGAGUAGCGCGUGGCGCAAGGAACGCAGAAGGGAUCCGAUUCAAAGCGAAGCGUUAGAUAUGUCUGCAGCACGGGGACAUCAUCACCACAGCAGACCGAGUGUGAUCGUUCCUACCACGCCGCAAGCUGGUGCGACAGCCGAGGACACGGUGGUAUCCACGCCGAUGACGACACCCAGCGCGGCAUCGGGUGGACAGAGGACUGGCAUCAGAACGGCGGGUGGUGUGAGCGAUCCCGCGAUUGACGAGCACUUCAAGCGGUCACUGGGUCCGAAGAAGUACGCGGCCGUCUUUAACGCUGCUACCACUGACAAGGAGGCCGGUCUGAGUGUUGACGAUCACUUCGCAAAAGCGCUCGGCGAGACCUGGACGAGGCUUCAGGCCAUCAAUCGAAGCAAGGACUCCACCUAACCACCGGGCAAACCCGCCAGGAAUCUUCUCGUCGUCCUCGUCGUUGUCCUCGUCGUCUCUUGGCGACCGUCGUAACCCGAUUCCGGGUGAAAUCGUUCCAGUCUCGUUCGUUAAUUAUAUACUAGUGUUAAGUCAUUAUCGAUAAGGGUUAACCGAAUUCGCAGCCGCGAAGCACAACUGAAAUUAGGAGAGAUUUAAAUAAACAUAUAUUUCGACAGCUGAUUAUUAUCAGGCGGUACGACCUCGCUAUAAUUCGAAGCUUUCGAAUAGGAUCUUUUAAAUCAAUAUUCGACAUUCUGAGAAUAUGAGUCCAAAAUUUAAAAAAUUAAAUUAGUAUUUUUUAUUUUUUUUUAUAUAAAAUUGCAUGCGGUAUAAAACGGUAU